GCAGCGAUGAAGGCAUUAGUGCUCACCCUCCUCUUCCUCCUCCUUGCAGCCAGCGAGGCCAAAGUAUUUAUCAGAUGUGAACUGGCUUCACUUCUCAAACGGCAUGGACUGGAUGGAUAUCAUGGCUACAGCUUGGGCAACUGGCUCUGUAUGGCUUAUCACGAGAGCAGGUACAACACCAAAUCUGUGGGGUAGCCAAACUCGGAUGGCAGCCACGACUAUGGGAUUUUCCAGAUAAACAGCCGCUGGUGGUGCAACAAUAAACAGGGCCGUACAGCUAAUGGCUGCAAGAAGCUUUGCAGCGCUUUCACCAAUGAUGACAUCACAGAUGAUAUUGCUUGUGCUAAGAGAAUUGUGCGUGAUCCCAAUAAGAUGGGUGCCUGGGUUGCCUGGAGAAAUAACUGCAGAGGAAAAGAUCUGUCAAAGUGGACUCGUGGCUGCAAGCUCUGA